UGCCCCGCACUUGCCCGCAGCGCGGAGGACGUGGUGGCCCGCGUGCCGGGCAGCCAGCUCACACUGGGCUACAUGGAGGAGCACGGCUUCACCGAGCCCAUCCUCGUCCCCAAGAAAGACGGGCUGGGCCUGGCAGUCCCGGCCCCCACCUUCUACGUCAGCGACGUCGAGAACUACGUAGGCCCAGAGCGGAGCGUGGACGUGACGGACGUCACCAAGCAGAAGGACUGCAAGAUGAAGCUGAAGGAGUUUGUGGACUACUACUACAGUACCAACCGCAAGCGGGUCCUGAACCUCACCAACCUGGAGUUCUCCGACACCAGAAUGUCCAGCUUCGUGGAGCCGCCUGACAUCGUGAAGAAACUGUCCUGGGUGGACAACUACUGGCCAGACGACGCGCUGCUGGCCAAGCCCAAGGUGACCAAGUACUGCCUCAUCUGCGUGAAGGACAGCUACACCGACUUCCACAUCGACUCCGGGGGUGCCUCCGCCUGGUACCACGUGCUCAAGGGGGAGAAGAUCUUUUAUCUCAUCAAGCCGGCUUCCGCCAACAUCUCCCUUUAUGAGCGCUGGCAGUCGGCCUCCAACCACAGCGAGAUGUUCUUUGCCGACCAGGUGGACAAAUGCUACAAGUGUACCCUCAAGCAGGGCCAGACGCUCUUCAUCCCCUCCGGCUGGAUUUACGCCACACUCACACCCGUGGACUGCCUGGCCUUCGCGGGACAUUUCCUCCACAGCCUGAGCGUGGAGAUGCAGAUGAGAGCGUACGAGGUGGAAAGAAGGUUGAAACUGGGCAGCCUGACUCAGUUUCCCAACUUCGAAACAGCCUGCUGGUACAUGGGGAAGCACCUGCUGGAGGCCUUCAAAGGUUCUCACAAAUCCGGGAAGCAGCUGCCCCCUCACCUAGUCCAGGGAGCGAAAAUUCUCAAUGGUGCUUUCAGGUCAUGGACAAAAAAGCAGGCUUUGGCGGAGCAUGAGGACGAGCUUCCGGAGCACUUCAAGCCCUCGCAGCUCAUCAAAGACCUCGCCAAGGAGAUCCGGCUCAGCGAGACUGCCUCCAAGGCUGCCCGACCUGAAGUGACCACUGCCGUCUCCUCAGAUGAGGUCUGUUUUGGGGACCGGGAGAAGGAGGAGCCCCCAUCCCCCAUUGAGGCCAGCCCUCCUCGGUCCUUCCUGGAGAAAAUGUCCAAAAAGAAGACUCCCAAAGCCGUGAAGAUGCCCAAGCCAUCCAAAGUCCCCAAGCCCCCCAAGCCCCCGAAGCCCCCCAAGUCACUGAAGCUCAAGGACGGGGGCAAGAAGAAAGGGAAGAAGUGCAGGGGGGCCGCCUCCCCCACCAUCCCCAACCUGGACCUGCUGGAGGCCCACACCAAGGAGGCACUGACCAAGAUCGAGCCGCCCAAGAAGGGCAAGGCUACAAAGAGCGUCCUGAGUGUGCCCAACAAGGAGGUGAUCAGCACACAGAACGACGUGGAGAGGCUAGAAAUCCGAGAGCAAACUAAGAGCAAGUCGGAGGCCAAGUGGAAGUACAAGAACAGCAAACCCGACUCCCUGCUGAAGAUGGAGGAAGAGCAGAAGUUGGAGAAGUCUCCUCUGUCAGGGAACAAGGACACCAAGUUCUCGUUUUCCUUCUCCAACAAGAAACUCCUGGGCUCCAAGGCCCUCAAGCCGCAGCCGAGCCCGGGGGUGUUCGGGGCUUUGCAGAACUUCAAGGAGGACAAGCCGCAGCCCGUGCGGGACGAGUACGAGUACGUGUCGGACGACGGGGAGCUCAAGAUCGACGAGUUUCCCAUCCGGAGGAAGAAGAAUGCCCCCAAGAGGGACUUGUCCUUCUUACUGGACAAGAAGGAGGCGCUGCCCACACCCGUCACGAAGCCGAAGCUGGACUCUGCGCUGUACAAGAGCGACGACUCCUCUGACGAGGGCUCACUGCGCAUCGACACGGACACGAAGCCCGCCCGCAACGCCAAGGUGAAGAAGGACGGUGGGGGCUCGGCCGCGGGCAUCCUGGACCUGCUGCAGGCCAGCGAGGAGGUGGGCGCGCUCGACUACAACCCCAGCAGCCAGCCCCCGGCCUCCCCCAGCACGCAGGAAGCCAUUCAGGGGAUGCUGUCCAUGGCCAACCUGCAGGCCUCCGACUCCUGCCUGCAGACCGCAUGGGGCGCCGGCCAGGCCAAGGGCAGCUCCCUGGCGGCCCACGGCGCCCGGAAGAAUGGGGCUGGUGGCAAGAGCGCGGGCAAGCGGCUGCUGAAGAGGGCGGCCAAGAGCAGCGUGGACCUGGACGACUAUGAGGAGGAACAGGACCACCUGGACGCCUGCUUCAAGGACUCGGACUACGUUUACCCCUCCCUGGAGUCCGACGAGGACAGCCCCGUCUUCAAGUCUCGGUCCAAAAAGAGGAAAGGCUCGGACGACGCUCCCUACAGCCCGACAGCGAGGGUCGGCCCGUCGGUGCCAAGGCAGGACAGGCCUGUGCGUGAGGGGACCAGAGUGGCCUCCAUCGAGACCGGGCUGGCAGCCGCUGCGGCCAAGCUGUCCCAACAGGAGGAACAGAAAAGCAGGAAGAAAAAAAACACCAAAAGGAAGCUGACUCCCAACACCGCCUCCCCCUCUGCCUCUGCCAGCACCACCUCGGCCUCUACCACCUCGGCCAGCACCACCUCGGCCUCUACCACCUCGGCUUCCACCACCUCGGCCUCCACCACCUCGGCCUCCAUCACCCCGGCCUCCACCACCCCGGCCUCCACCAGCACGGCCAGCAGCCAGGCCUCGCAGGAGGGCAGCUCGCCUGAGCCCCUGCCGGAGUCGCACAGCAGCAGCCUGGCUGACCAUGAGUACACGGCAGCCGGUGCCUUUGCCGGGGCCCAGGCUGGCCGCACCUCCCAGCCCAUGGCCCCCGGGGUCUUCCUCACACAGAGGCGGCCCUCUGCGUCGUCCCCCAACAACACUGCUGCCAAAGGAAAACGUACAAAAAAGGGCAUGGCCACCGCCAAGCAGAGGCUUGGGAAAAUUUUGAAAAUUCAUCGGAACGGGAAGCUGCUCCUUUAAAGUUUGGAGAGCCAGGACCCUUCUGCUCCGCUCAGGACCCCGGAGCCCCGCGAGAACAUCAGCCCCGAGGAGGGCGGCCACGCUGCCUCACCCCAGGGAGGGCCUGGCCUCCUCCCGGCUACCACGCCCCCCCGCAUGAGCACCUGUUGCUUCAGCAGGCGGAGCUCGCUGAUACGGACACAUGUCCUUUCUCAAGUUGCUUAGAGUGACCAGUUCCCGCAACGCGGCCCUGCCAGUUUGAGGACCAUUCCAGUUUCAGGACAGCCUCCAGGCACUCCAGAGUGUGGGUGUGAUUGCAGGGCCUCCGCAGCUCUGCUGGGAGCACAAGUCCUUCGAGGAAGGAGUGAGCCAACGCUCACCAGGCUCAGAGUCUGAGCUGGCCAUAGGCUGGCAGCCUCCAGAGGCUUAAAAAAAGGCAAAGAAGACUAGAGAGGAAGAGGAGAAAGUGGGGUGUUCAUGUGCCCCUCUUCUCUUCCUGAGUAAUUCUCAGACAAGUCCAGAGAGCAUUUGGCCCAGCCAGGUGAGGGGCUUCUGUGCUCUCUGGCCGGCAGGUGGCAGGCCGAAUGGUGGAUGUUGUGCCCUGAAUGCCUGGGGCAUUUCUUGGGACGACUGGGGCCGGCAGCAGGGUCAGAGUGUUAGUGGGCAGGGGAGCCUCCAUGGGGUCCCUGGGGAAGGGCUCCAGCCCAGCCACAAUGUGGGGCCCAGGGGGCUCCGGCUAAGCCACAUGGGUGGGCCUCAUCCAGCCCCAUCAGCUACACUCCGAGAAGCACUUCUCAGCCAAGGCGCCCUGCCCUGGGCCUGGUGGGGUGGCUGGGCAGCCAAGGAUGCAGGGGCAGGCACUUCUGUCUUGUCACCUGUUGGUGUUUGGUGUCGAGUGCAUGGUGGCUCCUGGACCAUGUGUCCACCCAUCGACACGAAGGGGCUGGAUUUGUUUCUCAGGCAAUCCUGUAUUUUAAUUUUAGAUGUAUUUCCUGAAGCAUAUUUUUCAUAGAAUGUAGCGUGUAAAUAGCUUUUUAAAUAACUUUUUUUAUAAGAGUAAAAGUAUCUUUAGGAAUUUCUUUCUAUAGAGUCCUUCAUUAACAUUUCUACAAGUUUUUUGCCGAGUAUGAUGAACAGUUGGGUUUCUGAUGCUUUUCCUUUUCCUUCUUCCUUUCGAUUGUUACGGUUAUUAUUACGAUUAUUUCUUUUAGGACUAAAGUAUUGCCUGAAAAACAAGUGAUGUCUGUGCAGCCUUAUCUCUGUCUUUACAGAAGCAAGCAGUACACACGAGAUCUGUUUCAGACCCGUCUGAAGAGGAAUCUUCCACUUGAAUACCAGCUCUUUCUUUCCCUCUUGUUGACGAAGGGGUGGGGACAGUAAUUUCACUAGCACCUUGUGGAGUGUUCUGUGUUUUGUGAUGCUGUAAUUUAUUAAUGUUUGUAGCUUUUUAUAUUUGUACAUUUCUUAUGAGCUUUGUUUAUAUGCCCGUCCCUGGGUGUUCUGUCCAUGAGGAGAGGCAGCUUCGCACAGGCCUGGCCACCCUCGUCCUGUCGGGGGGAUGCGGCCCCGGGCUGGGAAGGCGAGGCUCCCGGGGCCCCGACCUUCCUGCCCGGCGUUUGAAGGUCUCCCGUCCUUGUUGAACAUUUAUAUGGUCUAACCCGGCCAUCAGGCUGUUCUCUCGCUCGCUCUCUCUUUUAUUUUUUUAAUUUUAUUAUUAUUAUUUUGGCAACAUGUACAUUUCUAACAAAGUUUAUUGUGGCUAUUAAAGUGUUUUAUUUCCCAAUUCA